CGUGUACCAUGUCGGGGGCCAUUGCUUCCUCGUCCGCGGCGUUCUUCUUGCUCCCCUCCCCCUCCUCGUCGCCGCGGCGCCGGUGGAGCACGGUGAGCAGCGCGCUGCGCUCGUACGGGGCCGCCGGCGCCAGUCUGCAUUGGGCGCCGCGCGGAUUUUCUCGCGACGGAACGGCGCCGUGCGCCGCGGCGGCAUCGUCGCCGGCGGCCGGUGGUGAGGAGGGCGCGGCGAAGGCGGCAGGGCAGCGCAGCAAGUUCAAGAUAGCUGAAAACGAGGAUGCUACUUCACAAAAACCAAUGGCAUCUAUUACAGAGCAAAAUGGGGCAGCUGGGAGAAAAUCCGAGGUUGAUCCGUCAGGUCCUGUCUCCAGGGCCGAAUUAGGUGGCAAUGUACAAGUCUCAGAGUCGGCGUCUGCCGCGUCCGGCUAUUGGAAAGAUGUCGUUGUCGGAGUCGGAGAACAGGUUGGAGCUAACGUUGACACCGGUGGAAAUUCACAAGUGGUGAGUUCUUCGGAUGACAGUGACAACAUGAGGUCUCCUCCUUUGGCUGGGCCAAAUGUGAUGAAUGUCAUCGUUGUGGCUUCUGAAUGUGCCCCUUUCUGUAAAACAGGUGGUCUUGGAGAUGUUGUGGGUGCUUUGCCCAAGGCUCUGGCAAGACGAGGACAUCGUGUUAUGGUCGUGAUACCGAAGUAUGGAGAUUACGCAGAAGCCCGCGAUCUUGGUGUUCGCAAGCGUUACAAGGUAGCCGGACAGGAUUCAGAAGUGACUUACUUUCACUCUUAUAUCGAUGGAGUUGAUUUUGUGUUCUUAGAGGCCCCUCCCUUCCGGCAUCGGCAUAAUGAUAUUUAUGGAGGAGAAAGACCGGAUGUUCUGAAGCGUAUGAUUUUGUUCUGCAAGGCUGCUGUUGAGGUUCCUUGGUACGCCCCAUGCGGUGGUACUGUCUAUGGUGAUGGCAACUUAGUCUUCAUUGCAAAUGAUUGGCAUACUGCACUUCUACCAGUAUAUCUGAAGGCGUAUUACCGAGACAAUGGCUUGAUGCAAUAUACCCGCUCUGUUCUCGUGAUACAUAACAUCGCUCAUCAGGGACGCGGCCCUGUAGAGGACUUCUUCAACAUGGACUUGCCCGAGCACUACAUCGAUCACUUCAAACUGUAUGACCCCGCCGGCGGCGAGCAUAGCAACGUGUUCGCUGCCGGCCUGAAGAUGGCAGACCGGGUGGUCACCGUCAGUCACGGCUACAUGUGGGAGCUGAAGACGAUCGAGGGCGGCUGGGGCCUACACGACAUAAUCAACCAGAACGACUGGAAGCUGGACGGCAUCGUGAACGGCAUCGACACGGCCGAGUGGAACCCCAAGGUGGACCUGCACCUGCACUCAGACGACUACACCAACUACACCCUGGAGACGCUGGACACGGGCAAGCGGCAGUGCAAGGAGGCGCUGCAGCGGCAGCUGGGCCUGCAGGUGCGCGACGACGUGCCGGUUAUCGGGUUCAUCGGGCGCCUGGACCGGCAGAAGGGCGUGGACCUCAUCGCGGAGGCGAUGCCGUGGAUCGCGCAGCAGGACGUGCAGCUGGUGAUGCUGGGCACGGGGCGGGCGGACCUGGAGGACAUGCUGCGGCGGUUCGAGGGCGAGCACCGGGACAAGGUGCGCGGGUGGGUGGGGUUCUCGGUGCAGAUGGCGCACCGGAUCACGGCGGGCGCCGACAUCCUGCUGAUGCCGUCGCUGUUCGAGCCGUGCGGGCUGAACCAGCUGUACGCGAUGGCGUACGGGACCGUCCCCGUGGUGCACGCCGUCGGCGGGCUCCGGGACACGGUGGCGCCGUUCGACCCGUUCGGCAACGCCGGGCUCGGGUGGACGUUCGAUCGGGCGGACGCCGGCAGGAUGAUCGACGCGCUGGGGCACUGCCUGAACACGUACUGGAACUACAAGGAGAGCUGGAGGGGACUGCAGGCCCGCGGCAUGUCGCAGGACCUCAGCUGGGACCACGCCGCCGAGCUCUACGAGAACGUCCUCGUCAAGGCCAAGUACCAGUGGUGAUGCACUGAUGCCUCUCCUCCAAUGCACGCACGGAGACGGUCGGAAUGGCGUUCAGGUCGCUCUUCCGACGAUCACACAUUGGAGCCCCGGAGUAACUAGGGGGCACGUGAACACGGGGCAAGUUGUGAGCCGAACCCGCGGUGCCGCCCAAGUUUGGGAUCACGAGUUGUACACGUCACUUCAGUCAGGUUUCCAUGUUUCUGUGGAUUACAGAGUUGUAGGCGAUCAAAAUAGAUAUGCAUUGAGUUGGAAAAUGGGGAUGUGGUGGUUUUGCUGCGGACUAGUUGCUGUUGCGGCGGUGCUGCUGUUUCCUGCU